UGGGGUUCAUUCCUGGAGCGCUAUUCAGCAGUCGUGCUUCGAACUGGCUGCGAUAAGAUUAGCCACAGCGACCUUGGCUGCCUAAACUCUGCGCGCCAAACGUUCUGAAACAUCGCUUUGUGUUGAGGUGAAAGGCUAUCAUCUGCUUCCUGAAGUUGUAUUUGUCGAACAUCGUCGCGUGGUCCGAAACAAGCCAAAACAAAGUUAAUACGAAAUUCAAGUUGACUUUGGUCAGUGGAAAGGCAUCAGCUCAGUGCGAUACUGACUCACUUCUCGUUCGCAGCUAGAAUCUCUCCGUCGAACAUGAUAUUCCAGAAGCAAUUCGUCAAUUUAUUACAGCGUACAAGUAAUUUGCCCAGUUCGGUCAUGGCAAGGUAUUGCUCGUCAAAAAGUUUGGAAAAGUGCAAGAAAAUCAAUUACGAGAAGAUCGGCAUCGUUGGAGUGCCAUUCGAAAAAGGUCAACGAAAGCAGGGAGUCGGUUUAGGGCCGAAGGCCAUUCGAGAGGCUGGGUUGAUAGACAGCAUCCAGGAGAUUUCGCACAGAUUGAACAUCCGGGACUAUGGGGACAUACAUUACGAGGCGCUGAAUCUAAGUGGAAGACAGACUGUCAAUAUGAGAAUGCUGGAACAUGUGGCGAGUUGCACCAAGCAUCUGUCGGAAAAAGUUGUGCAAGUGUUAAACGAUGAUCGUCUGUGUGUGACUCUGGGAGGCGAUCAUGCAAUUGCAAUCGGUUCCAUCGAUGGCCACCUGAAGCACUCGGCCGAUGUUGCUGUGAUAUGGGUCGAUGCACAUGCCGAUUUGAACACCAACGCGACAUCACCGUCGGGAAACCUGCACGGAAUGCCGGUCGCCCUGUUAGCGAAGGAACUGGCUGAUUAUUGGCCGUACAUCCCGGGAAUGGAUUGGCAGGAGCCAAUUAUUUCGAUCAAAAAUUUGGUGUACAUUGGACUUCGUUCGGUGGAUCCGUACGAGCGGGCGAUUAUCGAUAAAUUCAAUAUACAUGCCUUCGGAAUGCGAGAAGUGGAGAAAUACGGUAUCCGAGACGUCAUGAAGAUGGCUUUGGAGCGGGUAGAUCCCGAUAAGAGCAAAAGUUUACAUGUAAGUUUCGAUAUUGACUCUUUGGAUGUACUGGAAGCGCCGAGUACGGGUACAAGCGUCCGGGGUGGAUUAACUCUGCGGGAAGGUAUCUACAUAAUGGAAGAGUUAUACAACACGGAACGAUUGGCUGCAGUGGAUUUGGUUGAAGUAAAUCCCUCUAUUGGUACGGCGGAAGAUGUUAAGAAAACGGUGGAUGCUGCAAUCCAUCUGCUAGUAGCCGCUUGUGGAAACAGUCGAAGGGGCAACAUUCCAGACACUUUGGAUUUUAAGUAACAAGUGAGACUGUGUGUUGAGUUCAAGUGAAAGUGUUUUGAUACUGGCUUAUCGCCAAUGAUCUGUUGCUGUACACUAUUGUUUUUGUAUAAAUACAG